AUGGUAGACUUACUGGACCAGAUCAGCUGGGGGACCCUCGAAUGCCUGAACGAGAAGCCAGACCAUCCGAUCGGCAAUGCCUUGAAACAGGGCUUUAGGGAGGAUGGGGGACUGUACCUGGAGAGCGACACCGACGAGCAGCUACUCAUCCACAUUCCCUUCUCCAGCGCUGUAAAAAUCAACAGCGUCAUCAUUCAGUCUAAGAGUAAACCGGAGCAGGCACCACGCUCUGUCAAGCUCUUUGUCAACCGGCCGACGAUAGGAUUCUCUGAGGCCGCAGACACGGCUGGCCAGGCAGACGUUGAGCUCACCCCUGCCCAAGCCGCUGGAGAACCCAUCCCCCUCAAGCUUGUGAAGUUCCAACGUGUGUCGGUCUUGACCAUCUUUGUGGCGGACAACGUCGGCGACACGGAGAGUACCGUCAUCGAGAAGCUUGCCAUCCUAGGCAGCGCAGGUGACAGCUUCAACGUCGCGGAAAUCAAGGACGUCUCCAAGGAGCAGGGGUGA